AAAUUUCAUCAUUAGUUUUAAAUUUUCUUGAGAUCAUGUAGAUUUUCUGCAUCAAUCGAUGUAGAGUCCGGGUACUCGCUCCUUUUCGGAAAAAAAAAUAGAUUUUCUGCGUUAGUUACAUGAUGAAGGUUUCUGUCUGGAACUAAUAUUAUUUUUCGACGUCCUGAUGUCUCUAAAUAAUAAUAAUGCCUUGGCUGUGUGCAUUCCGGAUGCUAGAAGUUAUUUUUCAUUAUGAAAAAACUAAAACUUACUAGCAAUAAUGCCCAAAUUAUUACUGGGAGUAGAAGAUGGGCCUCGAUGUGUGCCGUAUGAACAUCGUACAGAAAACGUCGUACGUGUAGCAGUGCUCUUUCCUUCUGAGUUUAACUUGUCAAUGCUGUACACUACCACACCCUGAAUGGCAAAAUGCUACUUGCAUCUCAAGCAACUGGAAGCUCCCAAAUUAAACAACCAUGGAGGGAAGCAACGAGUCCAGCUCUCCAGCUCCGGCGCCUCCGCCGCGGCGCAGUCCGGUGGACGUCGACGAGGAGUACGGCCGUGCCUUCAAGUCCAAGUCUUUCGUGGACCUCUGGUCCCACGCGCACCGCAAACUCAGCCACACGGGCUCCUCCUCCUUGAAGCUCUCCUCCAAGACCAGCUCCAGCUUCAAAGACCUCCGGCAGCUGAUCGGCAGCGACGACGACGACGAGGCGGCCACGGGACAAUCGUCGUCGUGCUCCUACACCGUCCUAGACGACUUCGUGCUGGUGCCCAGCCCGGAGACGCUCGUCGCGCGGGUCAGGCGCCGCAGCCGCCGGCGCCGCGGGCUGCGGUGCCACGGCCGCCACCGCGCCGAGGCGCUGCUGCUCGAGUUCUUCGACGUGACGCGGGAGGCGUGCGAGGCGUGCUCCGCGCUGCUCGCCGCCAUCGGCACCGCGCGGCGGCACCACCUCACGCUCCGGAGGCUGCUCCUCCGGGGCCUGGACGGAAACACAGCCGCCAAGGACGCGCUCGCGCGGCACGUGGGGCGCGAGAACCCGCUCGCGCCGGGCAGCAUCCCGGCGUUCCACGAGGCGCACGCGCGCUGCGCCCCGCUCGCCAAGCGCCUGGCCGCGGCACGGCGCCGGCUGCGCAGGCUCGCCCGUGCCGGACGCGUCGCGCGGUGCGCGGUCGCUGCCACGAUCGUGGGCGCGUCCGCGGCGGCCGUCGUGGCCGCGGUCGUCCUCGCCGCGCACGCCGUCGUCGGCGUCGGCGCGGCCGCCGCGGCAUUCGGCGCCUGCUGCCGCCCCGCAGCCCGCUGGUUCGCGGCCAAGAAGGUCAUCGGUGGCGGCGAUCGGGAGCGCGCCGGAGCCAGAGAGGCUGCGGUGGACACGGCGGCGCGCGGCGCGUACAUCGUGGGGCGCGACCUGGACACCGUGAGCCGCAUGGUGCGGCGCGCGCACGACGAGCUGGAGCACGGGCGCGACAUGGCGCGCAUCGCGGUGCGCGGGCACGCGGAGCGGCCGCUGCUGCGGGAGGUAGCCAGGGAGGAGGAGGAGUGCGGGGAGGACCUGAGGGGCCAGCUCGAGGAGCUGGAGGAGCACGCCUGCCUAUGCCUCACCACCAUCAACCGGAGCAGGAGGAUGGUCGCGCAAGAGAUGACGCGUGGCUCGCCGUCCACGGAGACGACGGCAGGCACGACGUCCCAAGAUUAGCUUCUUUUUUUUUUAGUCGACAGAUUAGGCAUGAUCAGUCUGUUGAUUAGUUUGUACAUAAUCAUUUUCCUUUAGGCGCCGCUUGGAAUGUGUAUUUUUUUGUGAGGUGUGCGGUAUUUAGUUCAACUUUCAUGUCAAUGUCAAAAGUUGAACUAAAUACCAGCCCUUCUAUUAAAAAUACAACAAUCCAACCCUUGGAUAUAAAUGUUUUUUGGGAAAUUGGUCAGGGAACAUCGUUAUUUCGUGGCUUUUGCCCAAACACACCGCCCGAA